UUAUGCCACAGCAGAGGAUCCGGGUCCAUCAAUUACACACCAUGCGACUGCCAGCCUCGUUGUGAGCCCCCAAUUCCCCCAAACCCAACCCCCGCCCUAAACCUAGCCGAUGGCCUCCGCCGACGACCCCGCCGCCCCCAUCGUCUUCCACGAGGACGAGAACCUCCUUGACGACGAUGAAGACGACGACGGCGAGAGCUUCGACCACUACGACGACGAUUCCGCCUCCUCAGCCCCCGUCGCCCCCGAUCGUCCUCCCCCGCCCUUCUCUGCUGCUCAGGUAACCAUCGCCGUCCCCGGCCUCCCCGAUCCCCACCACCAGCCGGAGAUCUCCGUCCCCGCUAAGAAACCCCCUCCCCCACCGCCUGACGAAUCGCGGAAGCUCUUCCAGCGCCUCUGGACCGAUGAGGACGAAAUUGAGCUGCUUCAGGGCUUCCUCGAUUACACCACCCAGCGCUGCGGCCCCCACACCUCCUCCCAGCACCACCACGACACCACCGCCUUCUACGAUCAGAUCAGGAACAAAUUCCAGCUUGAUUUCAAUAAGAACCAGCUUGUCGAGAAGCUGCGUCGCCUCAAAAAGAAGUACCGCAACGUCAUCGGUAAAUUCGGCACUGGCAAGGACCACGCCUUCAAGACCCCCCACGAGCAGGCCACCUUCGAAAUCUCCUCCAAAAUUUGGGGCAACGCCGCCGUCAAUGGCGCUGCUGCCUACCGCGCCGCUCCUGUGCCGAUCGACGACGACGACGACUCCCUCAACAACCCUAAUUUCAAUAAUUUCGUCGAUUGCCAGAGCCCCAACCUAAACGGCAUUGAUAUAAACGCCAAAACUCCGCGCUCCAGGAAGAGGAACCGUGUCGGAGCAGUGAAAUUGGAGGAGAAGCAACACAACGCCACCAACAUCAACAUCAGCAACGCUCAGCCUGUAUCUGCCGUGGCGCCUAUGGCUGCUCCGGUAAUUGGAUUGGGGAUAACAGGGUCGUUAUCAGGCGUGAUAGAAGAGACUGUUAAGAGUUGUUUAUCGCCAAUAUUCAAAGAGCUACUAAGCAAUUCGACGAGCCCUAAUCUGAACAGCAACGGGUCGCCGUGCUGUGGAAAUGGGUUCGGAUUGGGACGAAGCCCGAUACCCUUGUGCUUCGGGACCAGCAUGGGGGGAGAUAAAGAGCGGUGGAGGAAGCAACAAAUACUGGAGCUGGAGGUGUUCUCGAAGCGGCUGGAGCUGGUGCAGGAUGAGAUUAGAGACCAACUGCAGGAGCUUAGGUCCACGGGGAAUUGAUCGAUGCAAGUCUUCCUUGGGGCAGUAAGGGCGGCGGCGUCAAUGUUGUCUUCUACUGUUUACAUGGUGGAUGCGAAAUGUAUACUUGGUUAGUGUAACAGUGUUGGUUGCUUAGCUUAGCCAGAGACUAAUACUUAUAUGAGCAUAGCUCAAAUUUGUGGAGGAGGUAUCAGAUGUAAACGUUAUCUACCUACCGUUAGUUUAUUUAUCUGGAAAACUUGAUGCAAAAAGUAGUUGUAAAUUUUGAUGAAGCAAGCUUUGUUUGCAAAUAAGUUGUGAAUCUUUUAUGUGAAGUUAUGAAUUUCAUAUGCCUUGUUUUUCAAUAA